GUUAUAGUAAGCGAUUAAAAAUUCAUUCAAGAAUUGGCCCUACAUCAAAUCAGUAUUAUAUAUAUUAUUUGGUCAUUUCAAAAUGCGGUUUUAUCUCCUUUACAAAAAUCAUGGCCUCUACGAUCCAGUAUUAGACGAUACAGAGUCGUAUUAUGUACCGAUAACAGAAGAAGAUUUACAAACGACUAAUGUUACAGGAGAAGCUUAUACCAUUAAUUAUGCAGAUAGACAAAAUGUGGAACAAAGAAAUCUUGCUAACGGUACGAAAUCUGAUACAAAUUACGAAGAUCAAAUAAAAUCUAAUUUAAAAGAUGCAUUCCUACAUAUCGACAUUGACGAUCUACCUCCUACAGCCCGAUUCAAACUUCCCAUAUCUGAAGAAUACGAUCCCGAAGGCAAAAAGAUGUCAAAAUUACAGAGAUUGUAUCAAAAUAUAUUAAAUAUUGAUCUUAAAAAAGUAUCGGAACAUAUGAGGCUAGGAGAAAAUGAAACUGCCAGAUAUGCGGAAGAGAUAAGAUCGGACAUAAAUAAAGAAAUCGCUAAAGAAAUAUUAAGACAAAAUGAAAUGACCAAAAAAGAAUCUAUAUAUACGGAAAAUAAUAAACAAGAUUGGGAUACAGUAAGAGAAACAGCCUCGAAAAUUGUAGAAAAAAGUAUCAAUAAGGCUCUGACAAUCGCAGAGACGAAACUAAAAUCUGAAUUCGAAAAUACUGAAUAUAAAAUACAUAAGGAAUCUAAAGUCGAAAAGAUAGAAAACGAAUCAAACUUAGUCAAAGACGUGCGAAUAAAAGAUGUCAAGGAAAAAAAAAGAACAUCAUUGGAUAAAAAACAGAAAAGGGUGAGUUUCAGCGAAGAUGUAAUCAAAGAAGUCAAGAGUUUAACCGAAGAAAUAGAUAAUUACGAAACGAUGAACGUGGAAAGUGAAUCUAGAUUAACAGCUGAAAAGAGAAAAUUAUUAACAAGACAAGAUAUUGAAGAAGCCAUAAAACCGGGCACCGUUCGUGAUAGAACCGAAAGAUUUAAGAAAUCCAAUAUAAUAAAAGACAUUAAUAAGUCUGAUAGUAAAUAUGAAAAAACCGAUAUCAAAGAAACGGAACAGCUAUCAUCAACGAUUAAACCACACGAUACGAAGGUAUGUAAUAUCAAAAUAGCACAACAAAGAGUAUUCAACAUGGGAGCACAAACAAUACUAAAUAUUCAUCGCGCAAAAUAUCCUUCCAUUGGAAACGCAUUAUUAAAAGCAUUUCUCGCACAUGUUACUAAAGUUAUGAUAAGAUUGUCUAAAUCUGUAACAUUUAAGCCCCUCCCAUAUGUUACUAAAAGCGAAGAUAAACAAUUUAAUGAACAAAGAAAAGAAACAAGAGAAAAUGUUUUUUCGAAAGCGUUAAAAGAUGGAGAACUAAUUAUAAAACAUAAACUAUCUGGAGCUAAAAUAGCUCAAAUAGAAGGAAUGAAACCCGAGGAACUAACCAAAAAAAUGAAUAUUGUCAUAUUGGAACUUCAACGAAAGUCGGGAAUUGAGGAACAAAUUGAUAAAAGAAAUUCUGUUAGAAUGGAAUUCGAUACAGAUACAGAUUUCGAUAAAAAAGAAUUUGUUAAAAUGGGUUUUAAUGAGGAAGGUUCCGAUCAACAAGACUUUAUUAAAAUGGAAUUCGAUAAAAUGGAAUUUGAUAAAAUGAGUUCCGAUAAAAAUGAAUUUGAUAAAAUGAGUUUUAAUAAAAACGAAUUUGAUAAAAUGGGCUUUGAUAAAAAAGAGUUUCAACAAUAUGACACAUCUGGAAGUAAAGGUGACGCAGCAGACGACGCUCCGGGUACAUAUUACCAAUGCUAUACUACACGUUGUGAUAACAAACAAAACAAUUACCAGACGUACGAGACAACUAAGACUCAAUCGAUGGAAAUCAGAGAAAUAAAAACGGAAAAACGAUGUUCAGAAUUCAAAUCGACGAAAAUUGAUUCAAACAUUCGUAAUGAAGAGCAAAAUGAAGUAAGGUACGAUGACGGCAAUAUAAUUUACAUAGCUAUAGUAGAAGCACACGUUUAUACAAACAAAGAUGCUAUUUUCGAAGAGCAUUUAAGACGUAUGUCAGAGAGUAAAAAGCUAAUUGAAAAAACGGAAUUAAGUAAACUUAGCGAUUUAUUGGAAACGACUGAUAAAAUGAAUGUUUAUGUUGCAUUUGAUGAGGCUCGUAAGCUAUCGUUCGCAAGCGAUACUGUGAUACCUCCUGAAGAAGAUUCGUCGUUGAGGGAAAUUGAAUCACAACCAGUAAAAUAUAUAAGAAAUGCUACUGAUUUCGAGCAUGUAGCAAAAAAACUUGCAGUUCAAAAUAUAACGCAAAUUAUCGAACCGCUACUUCAUAUGGAAAACAAACAAUACACUAGUAGUAAACAGGCUCACGCGGUACUUGAAAUUCCGGUUAUAUCGGUUGCUGAAACGACAGAUGUCUCAGCGGAAGAAAAACAAGUUUAUUUCCAGGCCCAAGUUUUUGUAACUCAAAAAUCGUACAUGUCAGUUGAAGAACCUCGUAAACCAGUUGUUGAAAUAACAGAAAUACCAGUUGACGAGGAAGAAAGUACCGUUCUUGAAGAAUCAAAAGUUAUCGUGGAGUUACCGGAAACGGCAAUCGAAACACCAGUGAAGUCCAUUGCUGAAAUUUCGGAAGUAAUAACAAAAGAAGACGAAGUGGUUGAGAUCGUCGUGUCUGAACCGAAAACAUUUGAAGUGCAGCCUACUGUAGAUAUUACAGCAAAGGCCGUCGCGGUUACUUCAGAAGUUCUUCCUGAUGAAGCCAGCAUAGAACUUUUUGAUGUUCCUAAGACUGCUGGCAAAACUUCAAAUACUGUUGUAGAAAAAACAUCAAUGUCUGUAGCAGAAACUACAACAACGUCUCCGGAACGUAGCAGUGAAUUUUUAAGUGUUACUGAAACGCGUAAAGAAACCGCUACAAUGAAUAUCAAUCAAAAUAUAGCUACUGAAGUUUCACAUGUUUCAUUUGAAGAACCAAGUAAUGAAAGUAUUAUGGCACAAAAACCUCAGUUUGAACAAGCGAAAAUAGCCUUAACAACUAACGUUGCAGCCGAAGUAUUGGAAAUAUCUGUUCUUGAAAAAGAACCAGAAACAUUUGACAUACCUAAAAUCAAAGACAAGAAAUCGGAGUCGUUAAUGGAAAAUUUUGUUUUUUCUGUUGCUGAAACUACACAGGAAAUUCCUAUCGAACCAAGAAAUGAACCAGUUGGAGAAAUUAAAACUACAAAUCAAAAAGCAAGUCUUCAAAUUCAAGAAUUUCAUGCAACUGAAGCAAGUAUUGUAUACCCAUUAGAACCGAAAUAUGAAAAUUUAGAAAUAAAGGACAUCGCAAAAAUGCAACCCCUACCUUUAGUAGAACAAACGAACUAUACUGUAGCCGAAACAUUAUCUGUAUUACCAGAAGAGACAAGCAAAGAAUUGGAAGUAGCAAUAGCAUCAAAUCAACAAGCUAAUAUUGGUAUAGAGGAGUUUAAAACUGCUGAAAUUAUAACUGUGUCCACAGAAGAACCUGUACAUGAAAAUCUUGAUAUUCCCAAAAUAGUUGAGAAGUUACCACAGACUUUAUUAGAAAGUUGUGUCUUAACUCUCGCUGAAGCACAGAUUGUAAUACCUGAAGGGCCUAAAGACGAAUAUUUCGAGGUUCUACCUGUGACCACGAAUCAAACAAAAGUAUUAAUAGAAUCACCAUCAUUAACAAUUGCCGAGUCACUGGAUAUUUUACCUCAAGGACCCAAAGAAGGUGUAUUUGACGUGACUGAGAUUUCACAAGAACAGCCUCAUAUUGAUUUAGAUGAUUUAAAGCCUCUUAGCACAUCCACUGUAUUUGUCGAAGAACAACACGAAGAGUUCCAAGUACCACAAGUUGAUACUAGGGUCCCACAGGCAUUAAUGGAAAAUCCGAUUUUGUCGGUUCCUAUUUCGCUAGCUAUUUUUCCUGAAGGCCCUAAAGAUGCACCUUUUAAAAUUGAUAAAAUAACCAUAUUAGAACCUAAUGUUGAUUUUGAAGAAUUCAAAGCAGCUGCUGUGACCAUUGUAGCUCCUGAAGAGCCCAAACAAGAAAUCUUAGAGAUACCAAAAGUUGAGGGAAAAGUACCACUAUCUGAAAUCGAAAGCCCUCGACAUGCUCUUGCUGAAACAUUAGCAAUAAUACCAGAAGGUCCAAAAGCUGCAAGUCUCGAAAUAAAUAAAUUAUCAGAAGAAAAAAUCAAAGUAAAUUUUAAUGAAUUACAUUCAGUGGAAACUAUUAGUACGUCGCUAGCGGAGUCUGUUAAGGAUGAUAUAGUAAUUCAAAACAUAAUUGAAAAACAGCCUCAGACUAAAUUACAGGAAGUGAACUUAAAUAUUGCUGAAACGUUUACUAUAAUACCCGAAGAACCAAUAGAUCAAACUUUUGCUGUAAAUAAAACAAUCAAUCAAGAAGCGCAUAUUAAUAUAGAAGAAUUAAAAGCUGCAGAAAGCAAAAUAAUUAUGUUUGAAGAGACAAUUAAUGAAGAUUUAGUGUUACCAGAUAUAAAAAAAUCUCUUGAAAAGCAAGUAAAUGUAUCAUUGGUUGAAUCGACUGCUACUAUGGUUGCAGAACAAACAGCCGUUGCAGUAGCUACGGAGGAAACAUUCAAAUAUUUGAAUAAAGAACCAGUGACAGCAAAAACGCGCGACGUAAAGCUUGAAAUAGUCGAUGUGUCAGAUGGUUCGAGAAACUUCGAAGACGUUGACUUGAAUUACACUGUUGAGUUACCUAAAGAACAUGAUGAUAAAGUUAAUGAAGUAUUUGCUGAAGUUACCAUUACUAAACAGAAAACGCCACCCUUGGAUGUGUAUGCGGAAUAUGAAUUUAACGAAAAGAAAACUGAGUUAGAUUCCAACGUAUACAAAUCUCUGAAAAUUUUAAAAAGAAAAAUCUUCAAACAAUCCAUGGACGAGAGUCUUAGUUACACGGCACUUAUAACAGAUGAAGAAUUUAAUAAAAAAGUUGAUGAAGAGCUUCUCAAAAUUAUAUCAUCAACAAGCGAAUCAUCAGAAUUUAUUAAAAAUGGUGAUAUAAGUACGUUUUCAUUUUCGUUAGCAUCAUCAGCCCUAACUCCUCUGAUUGAAGAAUACAUGUUCAGAAUUAGAGGUCCGUCCUUGAAGAGAUUUCAAUACAUAGAAGAUGUGUUUGAAGAAGCAACAUUCAGGCUAAAGUCUAAAUUUCAAUCAUCAACUGUUGAAAACUUUGAUGCAAGUCUAACAUUAAUAUUACAGGAUAUAGCAGUAUCACAGCUUCAUUCAGAAAUCAUUGAUGUUGAUAUAGAAUCAAUGGAAUAUAAAUCCGAAACAGAUAUAAAUAAACAAUACUUCGAAUCUCAGAAAACGUCCAAAACUUUAGAAACGAGCGUUCAAACUGAACAACAAAGUUUACAUACGGAUUUAGCUAUUGCAAGCGCAGCGACGAAACAAACGAUCGAAUCUGGCAUAGAUGUAACCGUGUUAGCGAUUGAAGAAGAACCCAUUAUUGAAGCAAGCGGACGUUCAAGGACAGUUCGAAAGACGAAAUCCAGUAAGAAAUCAUCAGCGGUAAAAGCAGAAGCACUACAAGCUGAAUCGAAAGCUAGUGUAGCUAGUACAGUUGAAAUUUCAGAUGCGAGACACAUUGAAGCCAUGGAAAGCGAAGCUUAUUUACAUUCGCAAUCGCUUCAAGCAAGUAUGGAAGUCAGCAUGGAGAACAAUCUCAGUAUGGAAGUAAAUCAAGAACAAGAAUCACAGAUGUCUAAAAGAAAACAUAUCGAAGCGAGCAAAGCGACCGCGCUGUCUAUAGAAGCUGAUUACGAUCGUGAAUCGAUGAUGUCAAUUGAAUCUGUAUCUAAAUCGAAAUCAUUGGCAUCUGAUGGGGGUCUGUCAAUCAGAACUGAUUUAACUGGUGAAUCAUAUGAAAUCACAAAUGGUGUAAUAUCACCACCAUUAACCCCACCAACACCAUUGACUGAUGAAUAUAUAUUUAGACUCGAAAUUCCACUACCGGAAGAAUGUGAAUUCGUACCCAGGGAUUGUUCUUAUAGCCCUGAAAGUAUAGAAGAUGAAAUUAUACUAAGAAACGGUUUAAUUCCUCACAUUAUAACCAGGAUAGAACGAAUCAUCUACAGCCCCCCUCUACCUACACCUCCAGGUUCACCAGAACGGCAAAUCAUACCGAUUUAUAGGAAACCAGCAUUAAAAGGGGGUUCGGACGAGAAGACAAUCAACGCAAGCUUUUUUAAAUUCCUCAAUCAAGAUGUCAAGCUGGAACAGCAAGCAGCACAGGUGAAAGCUCAGCUUGCAGCUCCCACAGCUUCCAAACCGCAUCCAGCAGAAAAUGAAGACUUUGAGCUGACAGAUCAAUUAAAUCAAUCAAAUGGUGAUUAUUUAUUUUUAUUUCUACAUAUACACUGCAGGUGCUACGAAAUGGAGCGGACGUGCUUAGCCAAUCAGAUUAUGAAAGCAGUGGACAGCAUGAUCGAUCCAAAUGCCAGUAUGGAACAGCAAGUAGCACAGAUGAAGGCACAGCUUGCAGCCCUCUCACAGCUCCCAAACCUCAUCCAGCAGAAGGUGGAGGCAGUGAGCCGACAGAUCAAUCAAAUCAGUCAAAUGGAAUACAAAGAAGUUCAUCAAGAAAAACAUCUGGAGAUCAAUAAACCAAAUCCAGAGAGGGUAACACAUUUCGAGAAACAUCCAGAAAACACUAGAGUUGAAAUAACAGAGAUCGACGUACCGGAGAAUGAGUCGAUCGGACAGAGAGGUAGAAAGAUGCAAAUCCGUGUGACGAAGCCGAGCUUGACGGAAGACGAAGUCGCGCUCAUGAAGAGAGAGGAGGUGAAGAGAAUGUUGGAGAGUAAAAUGAAGAAGGAGCAUAACAAGGAAAUUGUCCACCAAAUUGAACAAGAACCCCAGACCCGAGUCAAGCCAACACCUAUGUUCGGCCCUGCGCCCCCAGAAAGGCCACUCGUCCUCCCCGGUGGGAGGAAAUGGAAGAAAUCCAGGGAAUACGACGAGGAAUUGAUUCAGGAAACGCUGACCGCACAAGCGGAAGUUAUCAAAGGCAACGCAAUUGGAGUAAAUUUCAUGAAAUACCAAAAGCCACCCAAAGGGCUCGAUCACUUACAACACUCCGAAGUCUACAAGGCGAUACACAAUAUGGACGAAGCGCCUCCGAAGAGAGUUGCUAUGCUGAUGCCUUCCAUCGCUGAAGCUGAUUAUAGAGAGCUGGAAGUGUUGGUCGAUUUUGGCGCGACUGCAGACCAGAAAAUCGUGGACAAAACUCUCAAACAUUUACAAGAACAAGAUGGCGUUAAACAGGCUGUGUUCAAAGAUGGCGCUGUUAUGGUAGAAACGACAUUGCCAAGCUCCGUUAUCCUGGACAUGGUGACAAGGACUUCUGGUAGAAGAUCAGUUCUGCAGGGAUUUGGGGAUACUCAGUCAGCGGUCGCCAUGAUAUCCAGCCAGCACUGCUGUAAGCAGCAGGUGUUGGGCGUGAUCAGAUUCCAGCAGAACGAAGGCGGUCCGCUCGUAGCAGAUGGCAGCGUGGACGGUCUCACGCCCGGCGCGCACGCUCUACACGUUCAUGACGCUGGUGACCUAAGCGCGGGGUGCGAUUCGAUCGGCGACCAUUACAACCCCCACCACUCUCCACACGGCGCCCCUUCAGAUCCCCCGGAUAAGAGACACGCGGGUGAUUUGGGGAACAUAGUCGCUGAUGAUAAGGGCAGGGCGACUUUCAGGAUACUGGACAGCGUGCUUAAUAUUUACGACAUCGUUGGCAGAUCGAUAGCGAUCAAGGAGCACGCCGAUGACUUCGGUCGGGGUACGAGUCCCGCCUCAAAGACUGACGGACAUUCCGGCGCCUCGGUAGCGUGUGGCAUUAUAGCAAGAUCGGCGGGUAUAUUCCAGAAUCCGAAACGGAUAUGCGCGUGCGACGGUGUCGUCGUGUGGGAUGAAAAGGAUCGACCGUUGGCGGGAAAGGGACGCAGGGAUAAGUGUUGCCAUAAUGAAAAAGAUCAAGAUAAAAUUAAAGUUUGUUGUAAAGUGUAAAUUAUUUAUUCUAUCGUAUUUGUAGCUUUGAUGUUAUUGGGUUUAUUUUAUAAUGUUGCCAGGCUAGGUUUUGGUGUUGACAGCUUUAAAUUUUUU